CUUUUAGGUGAUAUGGAUAAACAAAUGAAUUAUUAGCCAUGAGGAGAAGGGACAGCGACUCGGGUGACCGGAGCCCAUUGCUGGCGGAAUAUGGAGAGCCAAAGUAUAGCGUUCAGAGUUGCCCCCCAGCAAAAGUGCCCGUUUGCUGCUCCGCUCGAUACAACCUGGCAUUGAUGGCAUUACUUGGCUUCUUUAUGCUCUAUGCAUUACGGGUUAAUUUAAGUGUAGCAUUGGUGGACAUGGUAAAUUCAACCUCAACUCCUAGAGAAAACACAACUGCUAAUAUAUGUCCGGAUCAUACAAGUGCUCCAGCAGUUCUCCACAAUUCUACGGGUCAAAAAUAUGACUGGGAUGCAAAUACUCAAGGCUGGAUUCUUGGCUCUUUUUUCUAUGGAUAUAUUCUCACCCAGAUCCCUGGUGGAUACGUAGCUGGUAAAAUUGGUGGUAAACAAUUAUUAGGAUUUGGAAUUUUGGGUACUGCUGUAUUCACUUUACUGACCCCCCUGGCUGCUGAUUUCGGGGCUGGGUGCCUUAUUGCAGUUCGGGCUCUAGAAGGACUUGGAGAGGGUGUGACAUUUCCAGCUAUGCAUGCAAUGUGGGCUCGUUGGGCGCCACCCUUGGAACGUAGCAGGUUGUUAAGUCUUUCAUAUGCAGGUGCUCAGCUUGGAACGGUUGUGUCACUCCCGGUGUCAGGAUUGAUUUGCUAUUACAUGGACUGGAUUUAUGUGUUCUACAUAUUUGGUACCCUUGGGGUUUUGUGGUUUAUAAUGUGGUGUUUUCUUGUAAGUGACACCCCCCAAUCUCACCGAAGUAUCACUGAUUCAGAAAAGGAAUACAUACUCUAUACUCUUCAAAAUCAACUUUCUUAUCGGAAGUCUGUUCCUUGCUGUGCAAUGAUGAAAUCAUUGCCCUUAUGGGCAAUUAUAGUAGCACAUUUUUCCUACAACUGGACAUUUUACACACUGUUAACUCUUUUGCCCACAUAUAUGAAGGAGAUCCUACGCUUCAAUGCUCAGGAGAAUGGAUUCCUAUCUGCGCUGCCUUACUUGGGAUGUUGGGUAUUUAUGAUCAUGGCAGGUGUCAUAGCUGACUGUUUGAGAGAGAAGCUAAACAUUUCAACCAAAGUUGUUAGAAAAAUUUUCAACACACUAGGAAUGCUUGGACCAGCUAUAUUUCUGUUAGCAGCUGGGUAUACAGGUUGUAAUUAUUCACUGGCUGUUGUAUUCCUUACUUUGUCAACUACACUGGGAGGUUUUAGUGUAGCAGGAUAUGGCAUUAACCAUCUCGACAUAGCACCCUCUUUUGCUGGGCUAUUGCUUGGAAUCACAAACACAUUUGCUACAAUUCCUGGAAUGGUUGGUCCUGUUAUUGCCAAAGCCCUUACUCAUGAUAAUACUGUGGAACAAUGGCAAAUUGUGUUCUAUAUCGCAGCUGCUAUAAAUUUUUUUGGAGCCAUAUUCUUUAUAAUUUUUGCAAGUGGUAAUGUACAAGACUGGGCAGUCGACCACAACACAGAAGAGGACAGCUAGUGACCAGCCUUCAAAUCUUCUGCACAGUUGAAAGAUACCUGAAAACAUUUUGCUCUGGGCCUGUUUACCUCCCGUAUUUUGUUUACAUAUUAAGACCAAGAUUAAGUUGUUUACAGUUGUUACCGAGUAUGAUGGAAACUGCUCUCUGUUAAAGCUAUACCUUUACUUGUGUCUUACAUUAGCUUGGUCAUAAAAUAGAUAAUAAGGCUCAUUUACAAAAACUAAACAAAUUUACAUUUGGGCAGUAACCCAUGACAACAAAUCAAACAUUUGCUUCCAUUGUUCAACCUGCAGUUGGCUGAAAAAAUAGCCAAUCACUGAUUGGUUGCUGUGUGUUACUGCCCAUUUGCAGAUUUGCCUAGUCCUUAUAAAUAAGCCACAAUGAGUGCACCUUCCUGACUUAGGGUCCCCAUACACCAUAAGAUCCGCUCAUUUGGCGAUGUCGCCAAGCGAGCGUAUCUUCUCCCGAUAUCCCCCACCUACGGGUGGGCGAUAUCGGGAGAAUCCAGGGUAAUUCGAUCGUUUGGCCCUGAGGCCAAACUAUCGAAUUAUAACGGCAGGUAUAGGAAAAGUCGGUCCGGGGGCCGCAUCAACGAGCCAAUGCGGUCCCUGAUCCGACUAGAUUUUCUAACCUGCCCGAUUGAGAUCUGGCCAAUUUGAGGCCAGAUAUCGGUCGGGCAGGCCUGUCGGGAGUGCCCAUACACGGGCCAAUUAGCUGCCGAAUCGGCAGCUACUAUCGGCCUGUGUAUGGGGACCUUUACACACACUGUGCAUAUUGCAAGAGAUCAAACAUAUUGGUAUUUUCUAUUCUUAAAGCUGCAUUACCCAUUUUUACAUGAUCAUAUUUUAUCAAUUCACUACAAGUACAAAAGGGAAUCAUUUAGUAUAAUUAUAAGGAUAAAUAUUGUCAGUAUAUCUGUUUUAUUUUGAAACAUUGCACUAUAAUGAAGUUUAUUUUUGUUUUUACCCCAAAGUGUCCUUAUCUGUUCACAUGUACAAAAUCAAGGCAAGUCUAAAGGCAAAAAUAAAAUGAAGCUAAACUUGUUCAAAGAGCUCUUGUGAGUUUCUUGCAAAGUAAAGUAUGUGUCAGGUUCAUAUUAGAUCACAAAAAGAACACAAUAAAUGGUAUGUGGGGCACUUGGAAAACUGUGCUUAACCUCUGGCUCCAGCAUAUAUUUAAAAUCUCAAGGGGGGAAGCUGCUUGCAAAUUUAGUUAACUUUGAGGUCUCUAACACAGAGGAAUCUAAACCAAAACCUUGAUUUACUGUAUAAAGCCACUGCUAUGUUUAAUAUGACUAAAAAGGGAACAUUUAAAUACAUGCAGAAGUUCUCAGAAGAACACACUGGGCUAGUUUAUUUAAAUUAUAUUUUUGCCUUUAGAUCCCCUUUAAUCACAAUGUUGUUAUUAUUACACUUUAUUUUAACAAGCACAAAUACAUUCCAUAGUUGCCUUAAAA